UAGCUUCAUCACCUGCAUUCGCCGCGAGCUUUCAGCCACUCCCGCCAUGAGAUCCGCCGACUGUGCCGUAUGCCUGAUCCGGGCACUGGUUAUGGGUGUGAUUUUUUACUUCUGCACGACUUGGGACGAUGCCGAUGAUACCACAAUCACAAGAUCGUCAACACCAGCUCCGGAAAAGGAGUUGGAUGACUUGACCUGGACAAAGGUGGUCCUGUUGAUCAGCUUCGUGGUGAUCUUCCUUGGAAUUGUCCACUUGGUGAAUUUCCCGUACCUUGACAAGGAGGUCAAACACGAAGGUUGGCAGCUUCUCACCGUCGCAAUCUCCAUUUUUAGUGCUGCUUGCUUGGUCUUUGCAAUUAGCAGGGUCCUCAGAAGCAUCACACAGGGGGACGAGGUGCGCGAGGAAGUUGAGGGCACCUUAAACUUUGUCAUUUGCGUCUCGGUGUUUGCCUGCCUCGCUUUCACUGCCUUGCACAUGGUCCUUCUCAGCAUCACCCCGACUCCAGGCAACCAUCGCAAGAUGUUUGCGGCCAGCAUGUUUGGCAGCCACGUCUACGCUGCUGCUAGCGUACUUGCCUUUGGACAGCUUCAGAAAAACUACUUUGGGGAGAGCCUCAGCACCGCCUUAGCGGUUCCCUGCCUGUCCAUUGCGGUCACAGCUGUCUUGUAUGGCUUGGUAUUGCUCGCGGAGAGGUCUUGCCGCUUUGAGAGGAUGCCAGUUCAGCUGGUGAAGGAUGCACAGAUCGAAGCGGGUGCCAUUGCAGCGGCCUUUCUGGUGGUGCAAGCGCUUUGCUACGCAAUGAGCGAGGAGCAGACGGAGAGAUUCACGCCAGUCAUACACGGACCACCUGGAGCGCAUCACGCCUCUUGCGUGCUGAGCCUUUUCGGCUCGGCCGCCGUUCUGAUUGUUUUCUCCGCGAUGUGGUCCGUGUGCUUGCGACCCAGAUGCAGGCACAUGCCGUUUGUGCUGGACUUCGUUUCUAGGCUCGCAUCUGUCACCGGCUGCUGGUGUCUUCAGCGUGGUGGCAUCAUCUUGUUCUACAAAGUCUUUAUGUGGAAAAUGUCCUCGGAAACAUGCGACGAGAACCACUGCACGGGAAGGCAUAGGAUCAACCUUGGGCAUGCCAGCAACCGUGCCACGGUGGUGAAUGCUUUGGCCAUGUCUCUCUUGGCAGCGGGCUUCAUCUUCUUAACCGAUUGUUGCGAGCCAUGCGAUGAGAGCGACCCAACUGACUUGGGCUUAUACAACGCCUCACCUGGCAUGAGGAUGGUUGUGGAUGGAUUUGGCCUUCUUGUCGGCAUUGUGUGGGCCAAGGCAUUUCAGACCGCCUAUUCCGUCUUGGACCGCGCUUCGAUCGAGCACCUGAAAGGCCAACACAGUCGGAUCGGCGAAUUUGUGGGGGACAACCCCAUCACAGCAUCAGUGACGGCGUCGAGUGUUGGGAUCGUUGUGUCCAUGUGCGUGCUGGUCGCCUGGUACCAUCUCAUCGUUCCCCAUGCCAUGAAGCAUGCAGAGGCGGAGGAAAGGGCCAGGCUAGCCCAAAGCUCUGACACAGACGACUGUGCUGACAGCCCGUGAUGCCCAGAAGUCUAAUAUGGACUUCGUAGGCCACAGCAAAUGUUUCACUUGCACAAUGCAUGC